UUAAUAUAUCAAUAUCAUCCCUAAACGCAAUUUUUGCCAUAAAAAACUGAAUAAAAGUGAAGAAAAAUUGAAUUUAAACAAAAAUUAAUGGCACACAAGCGUUUGUUCAUCUACGCUGUGUUACUGGCGAUAUGUUAUUUAGUUGGCGUGACAUGGGCUGAGAGUGCAUCACAAACCCUGCCCAGCAGCAGUUCCAACGCCAGCCAAGGCGGUGCGUUGCCACCAGCGGGCGCAGCAGCGAUAGCAGGAGUCGCAGUAGGAGCAGCAAGUGGUCCAACACCCAAGCAAACUGUUGUGACUCCUGCUCCCACGGCCGCAGCGCCACCGAAAGCAAUUAUCACGCCUGCUCCUGGGCAUAGUUCUUCCAAUACCAGCAGCACAACGAGCCCAGCAGCAGAAUGUGUCUGUGCUGGGGCUUUGCUUCCGCGUCUGGAUGCCAAUGGCAAGGAGCUGCCCAUCUGCGCAGAGUGCAAGUGCUCCCAUGUAGCGCGAAACACGACACUUAUAAAGGUCGUUGUCAUCAUUGUGAUUUGGAUUAUAUCCAUUUUAGUGAUAUAUAUGCUCUUCCUGAUGUGCCUGGACCCAUUGCUGAACAAGCGCGUAAAGGCCAACUACCAGGAGCACACCAAUGAAGAUGAUGAGCCGACACCGCCCAUACCCGCAGCCACUAACCAGGAGCUGAGCGCCAGAGCCAAUGUCCUGAAUCGCGUGGGCCACCAGCAGGACAAAUGGAAGCGACAAGUGCGAGAGCAAAGACGCCAUAUCUACGACAGGCACACCAUGCUAAAUUAAACGGAGAACUGCAGAUCAGCAGGGGAUUGGAUUGGUAGAGUAGAUGGUGGAUUAGCAGCGAAGGCGACUUAAGACAUGUAUUCCAAGCAGUAAACCUUAUUGGCCACGGCAACUCAUUAGUUUGAUCAAAAUUAUCAUGUUAUUAGCCACAAUUUAUUUAAAUAUAUUACAUGUAAUCAAA